AUGCUUCCACUCGAAGAGAAUAUCCUUUAUUACUCGGUUCUCGUUUUGAUUGUCUCUCCAGCAACACUCUUUUGCAUUGAAAAAUCAAAGAUCAAGUCCUUAUUUAAGAGAAGAAUAGAACUAAAGGAGAAAGACUCGUACGAACAACCAUAUAAUGUAUAUGUUGCUAUUUCGUAUGUUUUCUUGGUGUGUCUCAACUUGACUCUUUGGUUCCAUUUGCUUAUGAGCUGGAGCGAAUAUCUUUCUCUUCCAGGUGCAUUUAACUAUUACACCCUGUUAAAAUUUGAAAACUAUAGUCUUAAAAUUUCUCCAGAACCUUCAGAUAUGAGCAGCGAGCACUUUUCCGAUUACAAGAUGAUUUCAUAUUCGCUUCUUGAAAAAGUUGAUGAUAAAGUUCCAUUUUCAUCCGACGCUGAAACUUGUGAUAUUUCUUCCGUCAAAGUUGCUAAACCAAACAUCAUCACCAAACCCGAUGAGUUAAAGAAAAUCAGAAACAUGCUUAAGAAAAUGGCGGAAACAAACUCAUACGCUCCGGCAAAGAGUUGUUUCCAAGAUCUGCCAAAAGAGUCAGAAGCUGAAAUCAUGAAGAAAUGGUUCAAGUUCCAUGGAUCAUCAGUGUGGCUAGAUCAUUAUGGAGUGCAUUACAUGGUCAGCAGAGUUGUAUAUUCCGAAGAUAAAACGAUAAGUACCGCCUUCAUUCUGCUUUUGUAUGCUCAGGUGUUUGACAAGAAUUGGAAUGAGUUGGAAAGUUUCACUUUCCCAAAUUCGGAUUUUGUUUAUCCAAAUAUCUUGCCUAUUGAUGUAGCAACCGAUGAAGGAAUUGACUUUUACCAAGGCGUGGAAGAUCCCAAAAUCACCAUUAGAACUUUCUUCAAUAAGAGUACUCGAAAGCACGAUCAGGAACCGGUCGUAGUCUGUAAUGGAAUCGCCUUUGACAAUAAAUUCAAAAGGGCUAUUCAUCUCUAUUUUCCUUUCUCUGAUAAUAAAACUAGCAUGGCUUUACUGAUUGAAGGAAACAGAGACAGAAGCUCAGAAAAGAAUUGGGUACCUUUUUACGAUGGUAAUGACAAGUACAUCAAUUUCAUUUACACUCUUGCUCCACUUCGUAUUGUCGAGUGUGAAAUCUCAUCGGCUAUCUGUAAAGAGAUUUCUGGUGGAAAGUAUGACAUGAAGGAGGAUUUCACUAAUGGUGAGAUACGUGGUGCUACUAACUUGGUUCGGAUUCCGCCUGUUUUGAUUCCUGAAAAGAUCUCCAAAUUAAGGAAGUACUGGGUGGGUAUAGGAAGAUCACGUUCAAGUUGUAAGAAUGUUCAAGAAAUCAGUCGGCCACAUUUGUUUUUGCUUUCAAGAGCUUCUAAUGGCAAAGGGGAUUUCACCGUUGAUUAUAUUUCAACAAUAAUUGAUUGGAAUAUUAAACCUAAGCUAUGGGAUCGGGGAUCUCAUUUCGUAGGCUGUCGUAAAGGAGAAGAGAAGUGCUCUCAUUUAAGCAGCUUGUUCGAUCCCACUGCAAUUGACUCGUUUGAUUUUGACAAGGACUUGUUGACAAUGACCUACACUUUGUCUUCAGAGUCCACUGGCAUGAUAUUUGUUAAGGGAAUUCUCGCCCAUAUCCAGAAGAUUCUCGGAGGUGAUCCCAGAACGAUUUCCAACCAUUACAGAAGAAAUUCUACAUUUUUGAGAAAUGAGCUGCAACUCUUGACACAAUUUGCAAUUGCUCGCAAGAACGAGUAUUGCAAUGGAGUCAAAUCCUCGUCUGAACAAGUCGUUUCGUUAUUUACACCCAAGAUUACCUCUAAGACAAAAUAUUAG